AACUACUAACCUUGACCAAUAGAAUCUACUUGCAUACAAUUCCUACAUUUUUGCUUUUUCUCCAAAUUUACUAAAAUUAGCUAAUUAGUGUAAUUGCCAAGUGAAACGUCAAAAAGAAAGUUGUUCUUCCAGAAAAAAAAACACUUCAAGGAAUGUAGAAGGGGCAAUAUUAAUUCCUAUAUCUUGUUUACAUUUCCAUAAACUUCGUUUACGUUGUCAAUACGCAUGACAAGACAGAUUUUUAUAAUUUGCUCAAAGUUCAACUGAAUAAUAAUAAUUAAUAACUCAAAAAUGGGCGACCUAAGAUUCGAUGGGAGAGUCGUUGUGGUUACUGGAGCUGGGGCUGGUUUAGGAAGAGCUUACGCCCUGUUAUUUGGUUCAAGAGGGGCUAAAGUUGUAGUUAAUGAUUUAGGAGGCGGCAGACAUGGUGAUGGUAAAUCUUCAAGCGCUGCAGAUGCUGUUGUUGAGGAAAUUAAAAGAAAUGGGGGCACAGCAGUUGCUGAUUAUAAUUCCGUUGUUGAUGGCGAUAAGGUCAUAAAAACGGCACUCGAUAAUUUUGGACGCGUUGAUGUUUUAAUUAACAAUGCGGGAAUUUUGCGAGACAAGAGUUUUGCUAGAAUAUCUGAUCAGGAUUGGGAUUUGGUUCAUGCUGUGCAUUUGAAAGGCAGUUUUAAAACCACUCAGGCUGCGUUUCCUAUAUUUAAAAAACAAGGGUAUGGGAGAAUUAUUAUGACCUCUUCAAAUUCUGGACUUUAUGGUAAUUUUGGUCAGGCAAAUUAUUCCGCUGCUAAAAUGGGUCUUGUUGGUUUGGCGAAUACUGUCGCAAUUGAAGGAGCAAAGAGUAACAUACAUUGCAAUGUUAUUGUACCAACAGCUGCAAGUAGACUCACUGAAGAUAUUUUGCCACCUGAUCUCUAUGCUGAACUCAAACCAGAGUUGAUUGCACCUGUUGUGGCCUACUUAUGCCACGAAAGUUGCACCGAAAACGGCUCUAUAAUUGAAUCAGCCGCUGGUUGGGCCGGAAAAUGUCAAAUAAUUCGUUCCAACGGUAGUCUAUUACGUACAGAAGUCACCGACGGUGUUUCGGUAGAAAACGUGCGUGAUAAAUGGCAGAAGGUAACAUCAAUGACCAACGCUGAACAUUUGGACUCUAUUCAAGAAGCGACCGGUGCUUUAAUGACGUCACUUGACAGCCUUCGGUCAGGCCAAGUCAAAGACGAAGAAGUUGACGUUUAUAACUUUACACAGAAAGACAUCAUUCUGUAUGCUCUUGGAGUGGGUGCUUCUUUGAAAAAUCCAACUGAGCUGAAAUUUCUAUACGAAAACGACGAAGAUUUCAGCGCCUUGCCGACAUUUUUCAUAUUGCCAGCAAUGCAAGCAAUGUUCACUUCCUCGAAACUCGAAUCGGCGAUUCCCGGAAAGUCAGUUAGUUUAGCUCAAAUUUUACAUGGUGAGCAGUAUAUCGAGUUUUUGGGGGAAGUACCGAAAGAAGGAAAAUUGUUUUCGAAGAACACAAUCGCUGAAGUUUUGGAUAAAGGGUCCGGAGCUGCCAUAGUCCAAAACAUUGAAACUUUCGACGAGCAGGGAAAUUUACUUAUCCGCAACCAAACUGUAGCUUUCGUUGUCGGUGCUGGUAAUUUCGGUGGACCGAGAACGGGUACUAAAGCAAUACCCUGUCAAGUCAAGCCGUCACGAGCCCCCGAUAUGAGUCUUACUGACAAAACGACCAUAGACCAGGCUGCCCUCUAUAGACUUUCGGGUGAUACGAAUCCGCUUCACAUUGACCCUAACAUGGCAAUGGUGGCGGGAUUUAAACAACCGAUUCUUCACGGUUUGUGUACUUUAGGUUUUUCGGUCAGGUUGUUGGUGAGGGCAUAUGCUGGUGGUGAUUCUAGUUUGGUUAAAGCGUGCAAGGCUCGGUUUAUGAAACCGGUGAUUCCUGGACAAACCCUCAGAGUUGACUUUUGGAGGGAAGGCAAUAGAAUCCAUUUUGAGACUAGUGUGGUGGAGACAAAUACUGUUGUUAUCGGAGGAGCGUACGUGGAUUUGAAUUCGGUCAAAAUAAUGGAACCAAUCAACAACUCCGUCUCGGCUCCUACAUUGGAAAGUGAUGCAGUUUUCGAGUUCAUAAUCGAGCAAGUGAAAGCCGAUCCAAACAAAGCCAAAUCAAUUGGAGGAGUAUUUUUGUAUAAAAUCACCAAAAAUGGCAAAGAAGUCAAACAAUGGACAAUGGAUUUGAAAAACGCCAAAGUUUACGAGGGGAAACCUGAGGGUAAACCGAGCACCACUUUGACCGUUUCAGACGAAGAUUUUAUGCUCCUAGCGCAGGGAAAAUUGCAACCGCAAGCUGCUUUCAUGAAGGGGAAACUUAAAGUUACCGGAAAUAUCAUGUUAGCGCAAAAAUUGGCACCACUUCUUAAAGCCAACGCCAAACUGUAAUUGAUUUUUUUCUUUACAAGGCACAUUCUAUUUUUUUGUGUCACUGGUUUAUAUUUUUUAUAAGUGGAAUCGUUAUCAUAUUUGUAUCUCUUGAUAUGUGUGGUGAAUUGUGCAUAUUUUAAGUUUAAAAAGUUUGUAUUUCUGUUAUUGUGAAAUUCGUUUUGAAAUAUAUUUCUUUACCAAAUGAA